ACAGAUAGACAGACGCCAGUGGCUAACGAAAUAGCAAUGUCAGGAUUAGCAGGCAAAAUAGCUCUUAUUACAGGAGCAAGCUCUGGUAUAGGAGCGGCUACAGCGCUUUUAUUCGCCAAGCACGGGGCCGAACUGGCUUUGACGGGCAGAAACGAAAAAAAUCUAGAGGCAGUUGUUAAGAAAUGCCAAGAAAUUAGCUCCAGGAAACCUUUCUAUCAAACUGCUGAAUUGACGAAUGAAAAUGACGUUGAAACAUUAAUAGAUUCGGUUAUAAAGCAUUACAAACGCCUCGAUAUUCUAGUUAAUAAUGCCGGAAUUAUGGAGAUGGGUUCCAUCGAAAAGACCACUCUUGCCCAAUACGAUCGUGUUAUGAACGCUAACGUUAGAUCUCUCUAUCAGCUGAUGAUGUUGGCUACGCCUCAUCUCAAAGAAACCGAAGGAAGUGUCGUUAACGUAUCGUCGGUUGUUGGAUCAAGAUCAUUUCCUAACGUUCUAGCUUACGGAGUAUCUAAGGCCGCUGUCGAUCAAUUGACGAGAUGCACGGCCUUGGAAUUGGCAGAUUAUAAAGUUCGCGUUAAUGCCGUUAAUCCAGGAGUCAUUGUAACCGAGCUGCAGAAAAGAGGAGGCCUUGACGAGCAGGCUUACGAGCAAUUCUUGAAAAGAACUAAAGAAACGCACGCCCUAGGCAGACCAGGUCAACCGGACGAAGUAGCCGAAGCAAUAGCUUUCCUCGCUUCGAAAGAGUCAUCAUCUUUUAUAACUGGUGCUACUUUACCUGUUGACGGAGGUCGUCAUGCUAUGUGUCCUCGUUAAUUAGACAAAGAACAAAAGCUAAGACGAGAAAAAGAGAGAAAAAAUUUGCAUCUAUGUUUAAAUAAAGAGAUGAUAAUACAAAAGAGAAUGGAGCGAAUUGCUCUCGUUAUUUUGAGUGUCUUUUUUUGCUGUUUGUUGAAAAACCGAACGACUACUUGAGUAAAUAUGUAAAAUUAGUAAUUAGAUAAGAGUAUAUUGUCUCUUCCUUUGCCCUGUCUUUAAGUAUCUCCCUCCUCUCUCCAUCGUUCGCUCAAUCUCUAUAAAUAGAAAAUAUUAAGGUGAAAUAUGAAGACUAGCAAGAGUUGAAAUUUUAAGAAAUUGUCUUUUCUUUGACUUUCCUUUCCGAUUAAUUUGUUAAUUAAUGAUUUAAUUAAUUAAAGCAAGAGAUUUCUCUAUAAAUGAAUGUUGAAGGAAAAUAAGCGACAGAGUCUUGUUUUAUUAAAAAGAAUCAAUUCGUAUCACAUUAAUGACUUUCUAUUAUUUUUCAUCUUCAUCUCGAAUUAGAGUUCUACAAUAUCGUGCACUGUCGUCGUCGUCGUCGCCCAUCGCCAUCGUUAUGCAGUUUUUAAUAUACUUGUUCUUCUCUUCCCAAUAUAUAACAGUAAAUAUACAAAAAAGAUAUAACUAAUUCGUUCGUGAAAUUCGGUAUACACAUAACUAAUAUCCUCGUUUUAAAGAUUAGAGACGGCAAUGGAUAGUUAGAUAGAUAGAUCAAUAGAUAGAUAGAUAUGUAGAUAGAUAGAUAGAUAGACGAACAGAUAGAAAUAAUUAGGAUUGCAAAAGAGAAGAGAUGAGAAAAUGUUUAUAUAUGUAUAGGUUAACAUAUGUAUAGAAAUAAUUGGUUUUUUUUUGUGCGUCUGUAAGCGACGUAAAAGGUGUUGAAAAAGAGGAAAACUAAUCAUUAAUUUUUGACGAUUUAGAAAUUCUUGAGUGUUGCGUUUGUCUGUGUGUGUGUGUGUGUAAGUAUAUGAGAGAGAGAGAGAUUUCUUUCAUCUUUCAUUCCAUUUCUCUUCGCUCUUUCUUUCCUCUUCAAAGGAGAGGCAGAGAGAGAGAAAGAGAGAAAGAAAAAGAAACAGAAGGAAAGACAAAAGAAAGCGAGACAGAUAUAUGGAUGAUAGAUAGAUAGAUAGAUAGACAGACAGACAUAUAGAUAGAUCAAGAGGAAAAAUUUCAGGUUUAGAAAAAGAACCGAGUAAAGGAAAAAUAAAGAAAAAGAGUAGGGCAUAGUGUUUGUUAUUCCAUAAUUCUUGUCGAGUUUGUCAGCAUUGUACAUAUGUCAAAUAUUCUGUUAAAUAAGGCGGCAAAUUUAAUUGAGGACAUUUUCUUUGUAAUUGCCAUCCGAGAGAUUGAUAAAUACAAAUUCUGACGAGCUGCUUCAGUGUUCUUGGUCUGGAACAAAUUUCCAUGAUUUUUCUUUUAAUUUCGUAGGCCGACGUAAAUUCGAGUUCGAGAUUGGCGCAAAUCCCAUUAACGCAUUCGUACAAAUUAGGUUGCGUUAGAGUAUUCUCGAAGACGUCGAGAAUGUGAAAGGCGAAACGAUUGUCGUAUCUGGAAUGAAUGUAGAAACCUCUGGCGAAAUAGUAGAGGAGACACGAGGUCGAAUAGGACAACGAUCUGGAAUUGUCGCAGAACUUGAUUAAAUUCGGAUUGCCACCGAGACGUAUAAUGCAACGAAGUAGGCGGUUUAAAUAGGUGAUAAAGUGUUCGUGUAGAGCUGUAACGUUGAAUAUUAUAAUGAAUUGCUUGAGAUUCUUACGAAGAACAACUUCGGGGUCGAGUCCGUGCUCGAGUAAGAGUUCUAGAAUAUCGUGCGUUAUCGAUAGGAGAAAGUGCAUCUUAUGUUCGUCGUCCGCAGUCUGAUGCAGCCACCUCGACAGCGACGACAUCAAUAAAGUUACCACGUUGUCCUCGUUGGCAUUUAUGACGUUUACAUCCGCUCCCCUCUUGCAGAUGAUCUUGAGGCAAUUCUUUACCUGAUCGGCAGUAUUCUUCAACAGAUUCGGCGACAUGGAACAUAUUAUUCUGGUUAGAUAGUAUAGGGGACUAACGAAAUUCGGUGCGUGCUUUUGGUUCGGCAAUGCGCCUCCGUCCAAUAGAAUUUGCAUAAGAAUGCCAACGUUCUCUAGAACGGUCCGUAAGUAUUUUGGACCAACUCCGAAUCUAUCCCUCAAAUGGAAUAGAGGUCUCCCCGUAUGGUGAGUUAAAAGAGCGUGUAGGGCGCUCUCUCCCCUAUUGUUGGGCGCGUUCGGAUUGGCAUUAUGCUUGAGUAAUAGUCUCACGCAGCCGAUUACUUCGUCGACGUAUUGCUGACGGUUACGUGGAUGGUUUCCUCCGAAGUACUUAAGCAGCUUGUGCAAAGGUGUAUCGCCGUCCACCGGCGUUGGCCUAUACGCUAGAUCUUUGGGACCUUUGGCGAGCAUUAAUUGGGUUAGGCGGAGAAAGCUGGUCGAAUCUUCGGAUACGUAGAGCUCGUGUAAUAAGGUACCCUGCUCGCAUAGGAAGGAAUCCGGAGAAAUAUUCUUAACAGUUUCCAAUAAGGUUAUUGCGCAGUCUCGUCCCUUGGGUCCUCUUAGUGCAUAGUGUAGAGGAGCGAAGCCUUUCUUGUCCCGUCUAUUGACUUGUUCUGGAAACAUACUAAUGAGCAAUUCCACGCAUGGCUUGGCUCGAAAUCUGCAGGCUUCAUGCAAUAAUAAUUCGGUGUUCAUGUGGGCGGAAUUAUCCAAAAGAACUUGAACGACUUCGGGUUGAUCGCUUAGAAUGGCGUAACUAAGAGCCGUUGCUGGAUUUCUAAUUCUAUUACAGAGAAAUUUGGGCGGUUUGUCCGGUGAGCAUGUUUUAAUAUAAUGAGGAACGCCGUGGCACAAUCCCUUGGGAAUAUCGGGUCUCGCCCCCGCGUCCAACAACAAUUGAACGAUAUUCGAAUAUCCUAAUUUGCAGGCUAAAUGUAAUGGCAAACUACAGACCCCGCUAUUCAAAUCGCAUCCGUGAGACAGUAGCAUUUCUACGACGACAGAAUGACGCCCCAAUACAGCCCUUUGCAUCAAGUUCCAGCCCUUUUGGUAGGUAAAGAAGAAGAGAAGAGAAAGUUAAUCAAUUAGAAUCAAACAAUAAGAACCUAAAGAGAGUGUGAAACAUAAAGACGAUACGCUAUUGCAUAUAUAUAGACGGACAUAAAAGUUUAUACACAGGAUUAUAUACUGUGUACAGUAUAUUGAUGUAUAAAUUUAUAAAUUGGAUUUGCAGUUGGCUAAAAAAUCUAGUCUAUCGAAUCUAGUUAGGUUAUUCGAAUAGGUUCCUCUUUUCUUUAUCCUGCCCCCUCCACCCCACUCACUGCUAUCCAGCUCUCCUUCCCUCCUAUUUGCGUAUACAAAUAGACUUAUUUAAAUAAAUUAUUUGCGACUGUUGAAUAAACGAAUUAGUUUUCUUUGGUUACUAUUGUUGAGAUUUCUUGGAUAAGAAGGCGGAAUAGAGAGGAGAGGGAGGUAAGGAAGGGAGAAAAGUACGCGUUUAUAUGACGUAUACGUAGCUAGAUUGGUAUGUAUGGAAAGAGAGAGAUAAAGAGAAAAAGAGAGAGAGAGAGAGAGAGAGAGAGCGAAGGAUAAG